UUUACAGAUUUACUAGCAUUCAGUGGGCCGGCACCUGAGAGAAUCAAUGGUAGACUUGCCAUGAUUGGGUUUGUUACUGCUAUGGGAGUAGAACUUGCUAAAGGUACUGAUGUUGCAGCACAGUUGGGUGAUGGAGGACUACCAUGGUUUCUAUAUACAUGUGUUUUGCUAUCCGUGGCUUCAAUUGUCCCAUUGGCUCAAGGUGUGAGUGUUGAAUCGAAAUCAGACGGUAUCAUGUCCUCCACUGCUGAGAUGUGGAACGGUAGAGCAGCAAUGCUGGGUUUGGUUGCAUUGGUGCUCACUGAAGUUGCCAAGGGAGGAGCUCUCAUAUAAAUUACAUGAUUUUGAUCUAUUUCAAGUACUCAUUCUUGGCGUUUUGGAAGGUUAAAAUUUUACUAGGCCCCUUGUAAAUGUUUUUGAUCAUCACAUAUAUGAAAAGUUGUGCUCGCCUUUAUUAGUAUAUGUUUUAGCCAAUUACAAAAUCAUUAUAAUAUAUCUCUCCCCAUCACCAUGGACGAUUUUUCAA